GCUGACCCGUCCACCUCCUCGCUCCUCCUCCGCCUCCCUCCCCCACACCACACUCCCUCUCUCUCUCGCGGACGCACAGGGACCGUCGCCGCCUCGGCCUCUCCGGAGCGAGGCAAAACCCCUCUCCUCCGCCCUACUCCCCCGCGCGGGCGGCUAGGGUUUUAGCGCGGCCGCGUCGACGGGGAAGGAGAGGUGGACGCCGGCGACGGGGGGCGGGCGGCGCCGGCGCGUCCUGAGAGAUGGAGGAGGAUCAGUCGGCAAUACUGGUCGCUGAAGGUGCUAUAAAAAGCAUUAAACUUAGCCUCUCCACGGAAGAAGAAAUUUGCACGUACUCGAUAAAUGACUGCCCAGUCACCCAUCCUAGCCAGCUUGCAAAUCCAUUCCUUGGGUUGCCCCUUGAAGCUGGAAAAUGCGAAGCUUGUGGCGCCUCGGAAAAUGACAAAUGCGAAGGGCAUUUUGGGUACAUCGAGCUACCUGUACCCAUAUACCAUCCUUCUCAUGUCAGUGAACUGAGGCAACUAUUGAGCUUGAUAUGUUUGAAAUGCCUUCGAAUAAAGAAAGGGAAGGUUAAGCAAAGCAAGGGAAAGGAAAAUGGUUUAGCAACAUCAUGCUUCUAUUGCCGGGAUGUUCCAGCACUGUCUUUGAAAGAAAUCAGGACAACAGAUGGUGCAAUUCGGUUAGAGUUGAGAGCGCCCCCAAGGAAACAUAUGACCGAACGCUCAUGGAACUUCCUUGAUAAAUAUGGACAUCAUUAUGGCGGAAGCUCGCACGAGAGGCCAUUGCUUCCAGAAGAGGCUCUGAAUAUAUUGAAGAAGGUUCCAGAUGAUACUAGGAGAAAGCUAGCUGCACGGGGAUACACGGUUCAGUCUGGGUAUGUGAUGAAAUACCUACCAGUACCUCCAAACUGUCUCUAUAUUCCAGAGUUUACUGAUGGGCAGAGCAUCAUGUCCUAUGAUAUUUCAAUAGCUUUGUUGAAGAAGGUGCUUCAAAAGAUAGAGCAGAUAAAAAGAUCAAGAUCUGGUUCCCCAAACUUCAAGUCACAUGAAGAAGAAUCGUGUGAUCUACAACUUGCUAUUGGCAAAUACAUCCAUCUAAGGGGCACUACAAGGGGUCCCCAAGAUAAUACAAAGCGAUUUGCUGUUGGCACCGAUUCAGCUGCAUUGUCGACAAAACAGUGGCUGGAAAAAAUGAGGACAUUAUUUAUCAGCAAAGGGUCAGGUUUUUCAUCACGCAGUGUUCUUACUGGAGACCCGUACAUUGGCGUGGAUGUCAUAGGGCUUCCAUCUGAAGUGGCAAAAAGGAUUACUUUUGAGGAACAAGUAACUGACAUCAACAUCAACAGGCUGCAAGAGGUGGUUGACAAAGGACUUUGUUUGACCUACAGAGAUGGUCAAGCAAACUAUGCCAUCACUGUAGGAUCGAAAGGGCAUACCACACUCAAAGUUGGUCAAACGAUCAGGAGGAGGAUAGUUGAUGGGGAUGUUGUUUUUCUUAAUAGACCACCCAGUACUCACAAGCACUCUCUCCAGGCCUUUUAUGCAUAUGUACAUGAUGACCAUACAGUCAAAAUCAAUCCUCUCAUAUGUGGUCCCUUUUCAGCCGACUUUGAUGGUGAUUGUGUACACAUAUAUUAUCCACAGUCACUUGCUGCAAAAGCUGAAGCCCUGGAGCUUUUUAGUGUGGAAAAACAAUUGAUUAGUUCACACAGUGGCACGGUUAAUCUCCAGCUAGGUAAUGACAGUCUGGUAGCUAUGAAACUUAUGUCUUCCAGAACCAUGUUAAGCAAGGAAUUAGCAAAUCAGCUAGCAAUGUUUAUACCAUUUUCACUUCCGCCCCCUGCUGUAAUCAAGUCGAUUCCAGCUUGGACAAUCACACAAAUAGUGCAAGGUGCAUUACCUGCUAAGUUGACCUGCCAAGGAAAAACACACUUAAUCAGGGACAGUACCGUUAUAAAGCUGGAUCUUGAAAAGGAUUGUGUUCAUGACUCGUUCAGUGAUUUGAUGUCCUCCCUUCUUUCUCAGAAGGGCCCAGGAGAGGUUCUUCAAUUUCUGAAUGUAUUGCAGCCAUUAUUGAUGGAAUUUUUACUUCUUGAUGGCUUUAGUGUGAGCUUGAAAGAUUUCAACGUUCCCAAGGCUAUCUAUGAAGAAGUACAGAGACAUAUUCGGAAACAGUCCCUCAUCCUUGAGCAAUCAAGGUUCUCUAAAAGUCAGUUUGUGGAGAUGCGGGUGGAAAACAAUCUGAAGAGUAUCAAACAGCAAAUUUCGGAUUUUGUCGCUAAGUGCUCUGAUUUGGGGUUGCUGAUUGAUCCUAAAAAGGACUCUGCGAUGUCAAAAGUAGUUCAACAACUGGGUUUUGUUGGAUUGCAACUUUAUCGUGAAGGAAAGCUAUAUUCAAGCCGCCUGGUAGAGGAUUGCUUCUCAAAUUUUGUGAAUAAACACUCAGACAUUGGAGAAGAGCAUCCUCCAGAGGCUUAUGGUCUUGUGCAAAGUUCCUAUUUUCAUGGUCUCAAUCCUUAUGAGGAGCUUGUACAUGCUAUAUCCACAAGAGAAGCUAUGGUCCGCUCCUCAAGAGGGUUGACAGAACCUGGAACUCUGUUCAAGAAUUUAAUGGCCAUCUUGCGGGAUGUAGUUAUAUGCUAUGAUGGAACUGUGAGGAACACCUGCAGCAAUUCAAUCAUACAGCUUAAGUACAAGGAAGAUGAUGAGACAGAUUUUCCUAGUGCCUUACCUCCUGGUGAACCUGUGGGUGUCUUAGCCGCCACAGCUAUCUCGAACCCUGCGUACAAGGCUGUCUUGGAUUCGUCUCAGAGUAACAAUGCUUCGUGGGAGUCAAUGAAGGAGACACUUCAGGCUAAAACUGGCUACAAUAAUGAUAUGAAAGAUCGGAAAGUUAUCCUGUUUUUGAACGACUGCUCUUGUUCCAAGAAGUUUUGCAAGGAACGUGCUGCUCUUACAGUACAAAGUUGUCUUAGGAGAGUCACAAUAGCAGAUUGCACUACUGAUAUCUGCAUUGAGCAUCAGAAGCAAAUAAAUUUAGAUGGAACAUCUGAAGCUGCCCCAAGUCUUGUAGGCCAUAUUCACCUAGACAAGGCACAGUUAGAAAGGAUAAACAUUAAUACUCAAGACAUUCUCCAAAAAUGCGAAGAAGUUUCUAGGAGAUAUGGAAAGAAGAAAGGACAUCUUUGCCACCUUCUCAGAAAGAUCACUUUCGCUACGUGUGAUUGUUCAUUCGGACAGAAUCCAGUUGAUGGAUACCUACAUAUGAUUCCAUGUGUGCAGUUCUCUUUCUCUGAUGACAACACCAUAUUAUCUGAAUCUGUUGAGAGAGCAGUAAAUGUGAUAGCUGACUCUGUGUGUUCAGUGCUUUUGGAUACAAUUAUAAAAGGUGACCCUCGUAUUCAAGCAGCUAAAAUCAUCUGGGUUGAAUCGGAUGCGACCUCUUGGGUAAAGAACACACGGAAGACACCAAAGGGCGAGCCAGCAUUAGAAAUCAUUGUAGAAAAAGAUGAAGCUGUACACAAUGGUGAUGCCUGGAGAACAACAAUGGAUGCCUGCAUACCUGUCCUUAAUCUCAUUGACACAAGAAGGUCUAUUCCUUAUGGUAUUCAGCAAGUGAGAGAACUUCUUGGCAUCUCAUGUGCCUUUGAUCAAGUUGUACAGCGGCUUUCAACUACUGUAAAAAUGGUUUCUAAAGGAGUUCUCAAGGACCAUUUGAUACUUGUGGCAAACAGCAUGACAUGCACUGGAAAUUUGUAUGGGUUUAAUACUGGUGGCUAUAAGGCAACCUUCCGUUCACUAAAAGUUCAAGUGCCUUUCACGGUGUCCACUUUGUUUACCCCUAUGAAAUGCUUUGAGAAGGCUGCGGAAAAAUGUGAUUCUGAUUCGUUGGGAUGUGUGGUUUCAUCGUGCUCAUGGGGCAAGCAUGCCGCAAUUGGUACUGGUUCAUCAUUUGAGAUUCUUUGGAACGAAAAUCAGCUGAAAACUAACAAAGAGUAUGGUGAUGGGCUCUAUGAUUUCUUAGCCUUGGUCAGGACCGACCAAGAAAAGGCAGGAUACGCAUUCUUGGAUGAUGUCGACUACCUUGUAGCAGAAAAUGCAGUAGAUGAUGUAUGCUUAUCGCCUGAACCGGAUGGGAUCCUUGGUAAGCCCACCUUUGAGGAUAAUUUUGAAGAGCAUGAUAUUCAGAAGGGCAGCUCAUGGGAAAAUGGUGCAACAAUGAACUCGACUUGGGAACAAAAUGCAAGUGCUGGUAAUGAUUCUGGUGACUGGGGAGGUUGGAGUAAUGGAGCUGCAGCAGCUACCAAACCACUUGACCAAGAUAAUUCAUGCUGGGAUGUGCAUGCAGUGGUGGAGAACAAUUCCACCGAUUGGGGAGGUUGGGGCACUGAGAAGCAGACAAAUGUAGAACAAGCUGCAAUUGGUACUUGGGCUGAUAAGGGUGCUAGAGUGGAAUCAAGUGCAGGUGAUAAUAACUGGGAGAAGAAGUCCAGCACUCCUGAGGAUCAUGAUCCAUGGGGCAACAUGCCAGCAUCAGCAUCAGAAAAUGUGUGGGACAAACAGAAAGGAGAUGGAGGUGAUAGUGCCUGGGAGAAGCAAAAAUGCUCUUGCAAGGAACAGGAGAUGGAUGUGGACCAAGACUCUUGGCGUAAGAAGACAACACCACCGUCAAGCAAUAUGUGGGACAAAAAGAAGUCUGAUGGUGGCCAUGAGGAGCAGCCCAGCAGUUGGAAUGAGCAGAUGUUGAUUGUAGAUCAGGACUCGUGGGGCAACGCCAGGGAAAAAAAGAAGUUACAUGGUGGUGACAGUCAAUGGGUGGAGCGGGUCAGCACUUACAAACGGAAUAGGGCAAAUGCUGAUGAUGAUUCCUGGGAUAACAUGGCUAUGCCACCAUCAAACAAUGCUUGGGAUGCUGGCAAGGGAGUUGGAAGAUCAAAUACCAAGUCUGAUGGAGGAUCCAGUUGGGGCAACAGAGAUAAUAUGGGGACUUAUGAACAUUCAGAAGCCCCGAAAGAAUCGGACCCAUGGAGUACGGGGAAAUCAAAUGAAAGGGCAUGGGGGAAAACUGAUGCACUACAGGAUUCCUGGGGUAAGAGUGCAGCUGACAAUAAUAACAUGCAGGAGGGUUCCUGGGACAAAAUAGCUCUAACGGAUACCAAUUCACAGCAAGAUUCAUGGGGUAAUGUGGCAAUCCAGAAUAACAACACACUGAAUGAUUCCUGGGAAAAUGGAGCAGAAAAGGUCCAGACUUCUGCUGCAGAGGACUCCUGGGGUAAUCUGGCUGCAACACCAGCGGGUAAUGCAGAUGCGAAGCAAUCAGAUUCUGGUAACAGCAAAGGCUGGAAAUCAGAUGGAUGGGGUGGCAAAUCUGGUAAUUGGAGUGGCCAAAGAAACAAUUCUGGGAGGCCCCCAAGGAGACCAGACGAGAGGGGCCCACCUCCACCAAGACAACGGUUCGAACUAACAACUGAGGAGAAAAACAUUCUAAAAGAAGUUGAACCCAUUUUGAUGCGUGUCAGAAGGAUAUCCCGUGAAGCAAGCGACGGUGUUAGACUUCAGCCUGAAGAUGAAAAGUUCAUACAGGAGAAAGUUCUUGAGAACCACCCUGAAAAGCAAUCAAAGGUGUCUGGUGCAAUCGACUAUAUAAUGGUCGACAAGCACCAAACUUUCCAGGAUACCCGAUGCUUCUUUGUGGUCUCGACGGAUGGAUCCCGUUCAGAUUUCUCCUACUUCAAGUGCCUGGAGAACUUCGUGAGGAAGAACUACAAGGAGGAUGCCGAUACAUUCUGCAUGAAGUAUUUGAGGCCGCGUCGCAGGCAAGCACCACCAUCUGAUGGAGGGGCAACACCAGGUGUUCCGGCUGAGGCUCCACCAUCUACUGCAGCUGAGACUGAGCAAGGGACUCCUGCCCCUCCAGCGGAGGUUCCACAGGAGACUGUGGGUUCACCAGUAGCAGCUCCAGAAGAGACUCCCAAUCCAGAUUCAAGCGGCGAUGCAGGGAUCCUGGAGAAGCAGCCUGACCUGACUCCGGCUUCUCCAGUUGCGGCACCACAGGGGGUCCCCGAGUUAGAUUCAACCGGUGACGCAGGGACCCUGGAGAAGCAACCUGACUUGACUCCGGCUUCUCCAGUUGCGGCACCGCAAGAGGUUCCGGAGCCAGACUCGACCGAUGAUUGUUGAAUUCUAGGCAAGGGUCCUGAUUUCACCCUGGAAUCCCCAGCUGCGGCUCCGCAAGUGACUCCGGACCCAGAUUCGACGGGGCCUGAUCUGAAUGACUGAUUUCUUAGGCCGUGUGAAGCCGUGGCAUGUAAACGGUACACCUGCCCUCUGGCUCUGAGCGUUCCCUUACUAGUCGUCGUUGUCUACUUCCCCUGACCUCGUCUGGAGAGGCGGCAGCAGCAAACAUUUAGACCUUAGCCGGCUGCGUUUCCCGACCCGUGCCUCGUCCUGACGAAACUGUAAAUUCUGGUGAAUGUUACCCCGUCUGCCGUAUCCUUGUCUA